AUGUCUCUUCCUCCAAUACAACAUUUCGACCCACCGGCACCGAGCAUGCAGUCGCAGCCACGACAGUACAUUGCGGCGACGCUCAGCAAUGGCGCAGCGGGCCAGUCGCACCAUCCUUCGCCCUAUCCGACAGAGUACCAGUACCAGAGCGCGCCGCCAGUUCAGCACAUGGCGAACAACCAGCAGGUGCAAAUUCAGGCGGCCAACGGGCAGAGUAAUGGCGCGAUGCGAUAUCCCAUCCAGCCGCAGACUCCAUCCGAGCGGCAGAUAUCGGGCGGUCGACACAAGAAGGAGAUCAAGCGGCGGACCAAGACCGGCUGCCUCACAUGUCGUAAACGGCGCAUCAAGUGCGACGAAGGGCAUCCGACUUGUCGAAAUUGUCAAAAAUCAAAACGAGAGUGUUUGGGCUACGACCCCAUCUUCAAGCAGACGCCGAUUCAGCCGGCCAACAUUCAACCUCUCCCGCCUCAUCACCCUCAACACCCUCAACAUAUACAACACCAACAGCAGCAGCAGCAGCACCAACAACAACAACAAUUACAUCCGCAGCCACAGCCACAGCAGCAUCAACAGCAGCAUCAGCAGCACCAGCAGCAGCAUCAGCUCCAAUCUCAGCAACGGCCGGUCCAGCAACAGCAGUACCACCAACAACCACCACCACAUGAAGGCGGCCCCGUACCUUCUUCCUUACCCUCCAACCCUUAUCAAACGCCGCCCUACCCUUCAGCCGGGGCUCCUUUCGCUUCUGCACAACCACGAGGCCCUGAUUCCAGCUACGGCUAUAGCUCUCCGUUGGAUCCCGAAUUGAGUACUAGAUCACCCCAAUUAUCUCGCAUGGCGCAUAGCAGCAACUAUCCGGCGGCCUUGCAGCCACAGCGGAAUGUCAAGCAGCUUCGAAUCGAUGACUUGUUCGCUAUCAAUGAUGUCCCGCCGCGCUUCCAAUUGCGAGAAGCGCCGCCUCCCGUGACAUCCACAACUCAGGAACAAAUUGGCCAGUUCUACAAGUUCAACUACGCCCAAGGUCUUGACCGCUUAUUCGAGACGGGCUGGUAUUCACGGCAAGGCCCGGCCUAUCUAAACUACCAUCCGGUGCUUCAGGAUUUUAUUACACAGGUCAUUGAGCAAAUGUCUGCCAAGGAAGAUGUCGAUAAUAACGCCAUCAUAUCGCUCGAGGCUCGCUUGGUGUGGCAGUUGGCGUGUUUACCACGCCAUGCUGCUACCUAUUGUACCAAUGGCGAGAUGGACCCACCACUAGCAGAGUUGCUACCUCGGGUGGAUAGCCUCGAAUGUCUCAUGACUGGCCAAUUCCUGGAUCCGAACAAAGUUUCACCUUCACCUCAAGCGCAGACGCCCUCCACUCCAGCGCAGGACUCUUCCGCAGUAAAUCAGAAGUACAACGAGCGAUCGUUCUGGCAUCACCUGUCCAAGUUCGUCAGCUAUCGAGACGAUCAGACUUCCGGCCUGCAGGGCGUCAACGAAAGCUUGGCAGUGAUCAGAGGUAUACUCGCCAUGCUGGAGAAUCGCGACGUGCUCUAUUCUAUCGCCAUCGCUCGACACAUUGGCGGCCGUCUGCCAAGCUUCGAUCCCCAAAGACACAUCUCGGCUUCGAACAAUGAUGUCGCCGAUGAUCUCAAUAAGCUCAAGGUCGCUCAUCAAUUCGUUGAGAACGAAGAGCAGCGAGGAACGUCGCAGGUCAUCCAGCGGAUCUGUUCAAUGUCUAUGCGGAGUUGGAAGCUGCAGAAGCAGUAA